AUGAUACGAAGUUUCGAUAAAUAUUUGCGAGAUUUGAAGCCAAAAUACGAUGACGAUGUGGUGGACAGAUGCAAUUACUUGCUAACAAACAUUAUGCUCCUAAUUUGUGCAAUAACUAUUGCUGCAAAGCAGUAUGUUGGAGAACCACUACAGUGUUGGACACCGGCUGAAUUCCAGGAUAGCUGGGAGCAAUAUAUCGAGAAUUUCUGCUUCAUUGAAAAUACUUAUUUUGUGCCGUUCACGGAUGAUAUGCCCGUGGAUUCUAACGAGCGUAACCAAUAUCAAAUACAAUAUUAUCAAUGGAUACCGUUCAUUCUCAUCUUACAAGCCCUCCUAUUUCUUGCACCUCGGACCAUCUGGACAAUGUUCAAUUGGCGGACAGGUGCGAUUCUAACGAGCGUAACCAAUAUCAAAUACAAUAUUAUCAAUGGAUACCGUUCAUUCUCAUCUUACAAGCCCUCCUAUUUCUUGCACCUCGGACCAUCUGGACAAUGUUCAAUUGGCGGACAGGUGCGGUUAAGCAUGCAAGCAAUUGUUGAUGCAGCGAUUUUGACUAGAAAAGUGGGCGAAAAACGAUGUCUGAAAAAAAGAAGAGAGAAUCGAGAGGAUUCAUUUACGCAAGCCCAGCAAAUCGCUUAUGUGAUGGAUUUUAACCGAAGGAAAAAUCAGUAUGCAAAAUUAAUGGAUGACAGUUUGAAAAGUGCAGAAAGCGUUGACAAUGUGAUCUGUACAGGUGUGGAUAAUGAGAGAGAAUAG